GACCCCGAUUAAUGUGGCACAUGGCAAUGAACAGUGCGGUCUGGAGAUGUCAGUGACAGUACACGACGCGCAAUGCCAAUCGGUCAGCUCGGGAAAAACCGACAGCAACAACAGCAAGUCGCUGCCACUUCGAGACCGGACUCCUGUGGAUAAUAACACCCGCUUUGAGGAGAUCACCAUGGACACAGCUGUUACGCACCCGGUUCCCCACAUGCCCGGGGUAAACUUCAGCCCCCGGAUGUCUGUGUACAGCGCCACGCGCCCCGUGAUCACCCGAGCCUACAUUCAAGGACGGGUGUACAACUUUCUGGAAAGACCGACGGGCUGGAAAUGCUUCGUGUAUCACUUCGCUGUGUUCCUCAUCGUCCUGGCUUGUCUGAUACUCAGUGUCUUAACCACCAUUGACCAAUACCAAGCUCUGGCCAACGGCACGUUGUUCUGGGUGGAGAUUGUUCUAGUGGUCUUCUUCGGGGUGGAGUACGUGGUGCGGCUCUGGUCAGCCGGCUGCCGGAGCAAGUAUGUGGGCCUGUGGGGGAGGCUGCGCUUUGCCAGGAAGCCCAUCUCCAUCAUUGACCUGAUCGUUGUUGUGGCCUCCAUCAUCGUUCUGUCCGUGGGCUCCCAAGGCCAGGUGUUUGCCACCUCUGCAGUCAGAGGGAUUCGCUUCCUCCAGAUCCUGCGGAUGCUGCAUGUAGAUCGACAGGGAGGGACAUGGCGCCUUCUGGGCUCUGUGGUCUUCAUCCAUCGACAAGAGCUGAUCACCACCCUCUACAUUGGUUUCCUCUGCCUCAUCUUCUCCUCCUACUUUGUAUACCUGGCUGAGAAGGACGCUGUGGACUCCAGUGGCGAAACCGAGUUUGGCAGUUAUGCUGAUGCCCUCUGGUGGGGUGUGGUGACAGUCACUACCAUAGGCUACGGGGACAAGGUGCCACAGACCUGGAUUGGCAAGACGAUUGCUUCCUGCUUUUCUGUUUUCGCCAUCUCCUUCUUCGCCCUGCCCUCUGGAAUUCUUGGCUCUGGCUUUGCUCUGAAGGUCCAGCAGAAACAGAGACAGAAGCAUUUCAAUAGGCAGAUUCCUGCAGCUGCCUGUCUAAUACAGACAUCCUGGCGGUGCAUUGCAGUGGAGAACCCCGACUCAGCCACCUACAAGCUGUUUGUGAGAAAGAGGCCUGUGGUUCCCAGCUCCUCUGUAUCCAGCCCCCACCCCAAGAAGACGGUGAGAAUGAGGAGGAAGCUGAAGAGUGAGAAAGACACGGUGCCCAAAUCCCCUACCAUCCCCAGCAUCACCUACGACUCUGUGUUUGAGGAUGGCAAGGAGUUCAGUGCAGACACCUACAGUGCCACCUGUGUGGACACCCACACUCUGAGACCGUUUGGUCGACAGCAGUCUUGGCCCUCCGUGUCUUCCCUUCACACCAGCUCUCCAGUCCCAGUGAAAAAGAGCACAGGGUUCCUGGAUGUGCAGUCUCCUCACCUGCUGCAGCGGAACAGCAGCUUUGCAGAUGACCUGGACCUGGAGACAGAGAAGGACAGCCCCCUCACACCUGUCACACAUGUGUCACAGUUUAGGGAGUCCCACAGAGCAGCAAUACGCGUGAUCCAGCGCAUGCAGUACUUUGUGGCUAAAAAGAGGUUUCAGCAAGCACGCAAGCCUUACGAUGUACGGGAUGUGAUAGAGCAGUACUCACAAGGACACCUCAACCUCAUGGUGCGAAUCAAGGAGCUGCAGAGGAGACUUGACCAGUCCUUGGGAAAGAUGAGUCUGUUCCAGACAAGCUCAGAGCGGACAAAGGACAAAGGCACCAACACCAUUGGCUCCAGGCUCAACAGGAUGGAGGAGAAGAUCACACAGAUGGACCACACCCUCAACCGUAUUGCAGAUGCCGUCAACCUCUUGCUGGCUCGGGCGGGGCAGCCUGGACAGGCAGGGCAGGUGGGGGGUGGACCCACAGGACAGGGUGGGGCCUCACACGCAGCAGGAUUCUUUGCCAGCCACAGCAGCCUGCCCACCUACGAGCAGCUGGCCAUCCCCACUCCUGCCUUCUCCCAGGAUGAGAGCUCUUGAGCCAGCAAAAGCACCGCGCUCCCCAUUAUUCUAAACACAGUUCCCCUGUACUGUACUGGACUGUACAUACCUGCAACUCCAAACACUGAGCCAUAAUCACUCUACACAAUGUGUGCCUGCAUUCCUAACACAAACACACAAGGAGUACCUACUGUUGCAAGCUGUCCACUCCUUCUGUCACCAUGCAACCACAAGCACAUGCAUGCACACACUGAAACACACAUUCCCAAACAUGC